AUGGUUUCACCUGCAGCUCAGACCCACAGAGAUAUUUCUACACACACUUCAACAGCAGAAAGGACAGGAAGAGGAAGGGGAGGCUGUGAGCCACGUCUCAUGAGGUCUGAUCUCAGUCUGCAGCAGGCAUCAUGGAGGUCACAGCUCUCUGCUUCACCCUGAUGGUGGAGCUGCUGGUCCUGCUGGUGGACCCCCGUUGCUUUGCUCAGAGACCUGCUCUUCCUCGGGUUCUUCCAGACAGACUGCAGUUCUUUGAAUAUGAGUCUGUGAGUGUAGACUGUGCAGAGUCCUCUGGAUCGACUGAUUGGAGAGUGAUGAGGAAACAGAACCAGACACAACCAAAGAGGUCCAAGAGAUGGAACUCCUCGUCCCCGUCCGUCUCCAUCCAUCCAGCCUUUAAAUCUAACAGUGGAGAGUACUGGUGUGAAGACGCAGAAGGAAGCACCAGUGAUGCCCUCAGCAUCACCGUCACUGAUGGCUCCGUCAUCCUGGACGUUCCUGCUCGCCCUGUGGAGGAAGGAGGUCACCUGAUCCUCCGCUGUAGGAAGAAAGGUCACCUUAAAACAAUCGCUGACUUCUACAGAGACGGCUCCCACCUGGGGACACGGUAUGACGCCACGCUGACGGUCACAGACGUCUCUGAGGAGGACGCAGGACUCUACUGGUGCAGCGUCUCUGGAGCCGGGGACUCCCCACGGAGCCGACUGGGGGUCCGGAACCAGACUGCAGCCUCUUCCCUCUGCUCGGGGUAG